AUGUUCUCCGUCUCCUCCGCUGUCGUGGCUUUGGCCCUGGCCAAAGUUUCCUUUGCUGCCCUCUCUUUCACAGCGCCUACUGCAACCAUUGGUUUCACCGGCGGGCAAGAUGCCACCAUCACCUGGGUCGACGACAACACCCAACCCCCCCUCUCUGCCUAUGGCCCAAUGAAAGCGUCGAUCUACGCUGGGAAUUCUCAGCAGCAGACGAGCCUGCAAACCAUUGCAGAGAGCAUUGAUGUCACGACCCUUUCUCUGAAAUUCAAGCCAGACGCAUCCAUCGGACCCAACAGCAAUCAAUACUUCAUCCGUUUCGAGGCACUGACCACGAAGGACCCCAACAAUGCCGCCAUUCCCCUUCUCGCUUUUUCCCAUCAAUUUGCUCUUUCUUCCAUGACCGGUGUAUUCAAUGCUGCGGUACAGGCCCAGAUUGAUGGCCAAUCAACUGCUCCUAUUGGUGGGGCGCAACAGACAAGUGCUCCCGCAUCCGUCUCGAAGCCUGCCUCGGCGACGAGCUCACCAGCGAAAGCAUCUGCCCCCGUCUCCGGGUCACCCAGCAAAUCGAGUCGUUCUGCCGCUCCCUCUGGUAGCAGUGCUGCUCUUCCUCUUGUCGCGUCGUCAAAUGGGAAGCUGUGGGUGGGAAUUGUGACCGGUGUUGCUGGUGCGGUUAUGGGUGCUGCGUUGCUCUAG